UGGUCUUCAAGUAACUUCUUCAAUACUGGUGUGAGAAUGCGUCGGUCUGCAGCCCCAAGUCAGCUGCAGGGCAAUGCUGCAAAGAGGCCAAGGUUCGUGCCUCCUGGGCCCUCGCAAACUGGGAUACCUGGCAAUGGCCUUUACAAGCACCACCAGUCUGGGAGAGCACAGGAGCACCUGCCUUCAUCUGAGGUCCAGAAAUGUAAGAAGACUGUUGAAGCUCCAGCUGUGCCCAAAGUCCCAGGGGUAUAUAAAGCUUUAGCAAGGGUUCUGAGUGCCGUUCCCCAGGGAGAACGUAAAGAAAAUGCCCCGGAGUCAUCGAGUGUCCCCAUGGACUCAGAACAACACCCAGAGUCACCCUCACCAGACCGCCCAGAUCAGCUUAAAACACAUGCCACUACCACUCCAGUUGCACAGUACUACAGUGUAAUGUGGUGCAAAGCUUCGUCCAGGAAACAUAAGCGUUGGGAAGGUGAUGCUGUACUCGUGGCCAGGGGACGAAGUGUCAUCCUCAAAGAUAUGGAGGGCCGAGAUAUUGGACGAGGGUCAGGCUAUAAGGCAUCUGAGUUGGAGAGCCUAUGUGAAGGCCAGACUCUGAUGGUGGGAGGGAAGCAGAUUGAAGUCAUGGGGAUCAUAUCAGAUGAAGACUAUGCCAAGGGGCGCUGUUUUCAGGAUGCUGCUGGGGACAUUCCCCCAGAAACAGUCAUCAGGGCACCUGUGAGCCGUCCAGUGGCCAAACCUUUUGCCAGGCCAGGACUGAAAGGAGGAUCCACCAGUGGUCCUGAACCUGAGGGGCGUGUCCCCAAGCCCAGACAUGAUCCUAGUGCCCCAGGAGCCCUAGUGAUGCCCCGGCCCUCUGCCAAUCAUCAGUGGCUUUGUAAUAAACAAAGCCUCCUAGUGGUGGAUGUGGUUGUGGACCCCUACCUCACCAAUCAUCUGCGGCCACAUCAAAAAGAGGGUGUGGUCUUUCUGUACGAAUGUCUCAUGGGAAUGAGGUUUGCUGGACGCUAUGGAGCGAUUCUAGCAGAUGAGAUGGGCUUGGGGAAGACCCUGCAGUGUGUAUGUGUGCUGUGGACACUGCUCAGACAAGGCCCAUACGGUGGUCAGCCUGUGUUGAAGAGGGCACUUGUGGUGUGCCCCGGAAGCCUGGUGAAAAACUGGGCCGCAGAGUUCAACAAGUGGCUUGGCAGAGAGAGAAUCCAUGUUUACACUGUUGACCAGGACCACCGUGUGGAGGAUUUUGUGUCCUCUCCCCUGUGUCCAGUGAUGGUGAUCAGUUACGAGAUGCUGCUUCGCUCAAUAGAGGUAUUAAAGAAGCUGGAUUUUGGUGUGGUCAUUUGUGAUGAGGGCCAUCGGCUUAAAAACAGCAGCAUCAAGACUGCCAGCGCCCUCACUGCUCUCGCCUGCGAACGUCGGGUGAUCCUCACAGGCACUCCUGUCCAGAAUGAUCUGCAGGAGUUCUACUCCAUUAUUGAGUUUGUGAAUCCAGGCAUUUUGGGAACUUCAGCAGCCUACAGAAAGAUUUAUGAAGAACCAAUCAUCAGAUCUCGACAGCCCACCUGUACUGAGGAAGAGAGGGUAAUGGGUGAGGAGCGGGCAGCAGAACUUGCAAGGCUGACCGGUGUAUUCACUCUGCGUCGAACGCAAGAGAUCAUCAACCGCUUCUUACCGGAGCGGUUGGAGUGGACUGUCUUCUGCAGGCCAACAGAGCUCCAGGUGCGGCUGUAUGACACACUUCUUUCCACGCGAUCUGUCAGGGCCUGUCUGUCCGCGUACAACACGCACGCAUUCACACACAGUCCUCAUCUCAUCUGCAUCAACGCACUCAAGAAACUCUGCAACCACCCUGGGCUCCUCUACAAUACCAUUAAGGAGAACACUGAUGAGUUGUAUGAGGGCCUCUCAGUGGAGCUCUUCCCUGAGGCUUACUCCACUGGCAGCUUCUGCACUGCGGACUCUGGAAAACUGCUGGUGCUCGCAGACCUUCUGGAUGCUAUACAGCAUGUCAACCGCACAGACAAGGUUGUUUUGGUGUCCAACUACACACAGACUCUUGACCUAUUGCAAGACCUUUGCGCUCACCUUGGCUACACCUGGUGCCGGCUUGAUGGGCAGACCCCAGUUGCACAGCGACAGCGAAUCGUUGAAUCCUUCAAUAGUCCAUACUCCUCCCACUUCCUUUUCCUGCUGAGCUCUAAGGCUGGAGGUGUCGGGCUCAACCUUGUUGGUGCCUCCCAUCUUGUUCUGUAUGAUAUAGACUGGAAUCCAGCUAAUGACAUCCAGGCUAUGGCCAGAGUGUGGAGAGAUGGACAGAAGAAAACAGUUCACAUUUACAGAUUUCUUACUACAGGUACCAUAGAAGAAAAAAUCUACCAGAGACAGGUGAGUAAGCAGGGUCUUUCUGGGGCAGUGGUGGACCUGGGCAAAAAGGCAGAGCACAUCAACUUCUCUGCCGAGGAGCUCCGUGAUCUCUUCACUUUUGACCCUAAUACCAGCUGCCUCACUCAUGACCUGCUGGACUGCGACUGCUUGGGGGAUGGAAGCACACCAGGUGUGGUUGAAGAGGCAACCUUGGCUGAAGGGAGGGCGUGUCAGUUGGGUCGUCGUGCCAACAGUGCAGCGUCUCCUCAAAGGGUCAGCAUGUCUGAGCUCAUGCAUUGGAGACAUUUUUCUGGAGCCAUUCAGUCAUAUGGUGAUGUUUACUUGGACUACGCCCACCAACAUAUCACAUAUGCCUUUCAGAGCACCACUUCUAAAACUCAAAACACAGUUUAACAAAAUCUCUCACACGAGCAUAAAAUGUACAAGCAUUGAGUUUGAUAGAUGUAAUGUACCGUCGUAUGCCAAAGUUUCAACACCCCCAUUCAAAUUAAUGUUUCAUGAUUUUCUAAGUGAAAAUGUGUUAACACGGACUCCACAGAGAACAC